AUGUCUGACUCCAACAGAACCAUCUUCACCAACCCCUCCACCUUCAUCCUGCUGGGCAUCCCUGGCCUGGAGUGGGCCCAUGUCUGGAUCUCCAUCCCCUUCUGUGCCAUGUACGUCAUAACCAUCUUGGGGAACGUCACCAUCCUGUUCAUUGUGAAGACGGAGCCGAGCCUCCAUGAGCCCAUGUACUAUUUCCUCUGCAUGCUGGCCGUCACCGACCUGGUCCUGUCCACGUCCACCCUGCCCAAAAUGCUGAGCCUCUUCUGGUUCAAUUCCCGGGAGAUCGCAUUCAGUGCCUGCCUCACCCAGCUGUACUUUGUUCACUGCUUCUCAGCGAUUGAGUCUGGACUUUUCGUGGCCAUGGCGUUGGAUCGCUACGUGGCCAUUUGCCAUCCCCUGAGACAUUCCACCAUCCUGACUAACCCUGUGGUAGCCAAGAUUGGCCUGGUUGUUGUGCUACGAGGUGCCAUCCUCACACUGCCCUACCCCUUCCUGGCGAGGCAGUGGCCGUAUUGCAGAACGAACAUCAUCCCCUACACACACUGCGAGCACAUAGAUGUGGUGAAACUGGCCUGCGCUGACAUCCGCAUCAGUAGCUACUAUGGGCUCUUUGUGCUACUCUGUAGGAUCGGUCUGGAUGUGAUUCUAAUCACCCUGUCCUACAUCCAGAUCCUCAGGGCCAUCUUCCGCCUCCCCACGAAGGACGCCCGGCUCAAGACUUUUGGGACCUGCAGCUCCCACCUCUGUGUCAUCUUAGCCUUUUACAUCCCCACUCUCUUCUCCUCCCUCUCGCAGAGAUUUGGUCACAAUUUGCCCCUCCAUUUUCAUGUUCUGCUAGCCAACGUGUACCUCCUGGUGCCCCCCAUGCUGAACCCCAUCAUCUACGGGGUGAGGACCAAGCAGAUCCGAAAGAGGCUGUUCUGA